UUGGUUGUCAGGGUCUCUGCCACAGACUUAGAUGCUGGGAUGAAUGGGAAAGUAGCCUACUCUCUGUUCCAAGGCGGUGAAGUAUCUCAACCAUUUGUAAUAGACAAAACCACAGGAGAAAUUCGGUUGAGCAAAGAGUUGGAUUUCGAGGUAACCAGCUUUUACAACAUAGAAAUAGCAGCCACAGAUGGAGGGGGCUUUUCAGGCAAAUGCAGUGUUCUUGUUAAGGUAGUGGAUGUGAAUGACAAUGCUCCUGCAUUGAUGGUCAGGAAGCUCACAGUACCCAUCCCAGAAAAUUCCCCAGAGACUCUAGUUGCUGUUUUCAGUGUUUCUGACCCAGAUUCUGGGGAUAAUGGAAGGAUGGUGUGUUCUAUUCCGAACGAACUUCCGUUUCUUUUGAGGCCAACUUUUGAGGAUUAUUACACUGUAGUGACAGAAGGAGCACUAGACAGAGAGAGCAGAGCCGAGUACAACAUCACCAUCUCCGUCUCCGACAUGGGCUCACCCAGGCUCACAACCCAGCACACCAUAACAGUGCAGGUGUCCGACGUCAACGACAACGCCCCCGCCUUCACCCAAUCCUCCUACGCCCUGUCUGUCCGCGAGAACAACAGCCCCGCCCUGCUCAUAGGCACCAUCAGAGCCACAGACUCAGACUCAGGCCCCAACGCCCACAUCACCUACUCGCUGCUGCCACCCAAUGACCAGCAGCUGGCUUUGACCUCGCUCAUCUCCAUCAAUGCAGAUAAUGGGCAGCUGUUCGCGCUCAGGGCGCUGGACUAUGAGGCUCUAAAGACCUUCGAGUUCCGCGUGGCCGCCACAGACCAAGGCUCCCCUGCCCUCAGCAGCCAGGUGCUGGUGCGUGUGCUGGUGCUGGACGACAAUGACAAUGCGCCCUUCGUGCUCUACCCUCUACAGAACGCCUCUGCGCCCUGCACUGAGCUGCUGCCCAGGGCGGCGGAGCCCGGCUACCUGGUCACCAAGGUGGUGGCUGUGGACCGAGACUCUGGCCAGAACGCCUGGCUGUCAUUCCAGCUGCUCAAG